AUUAGGUGAGUACGUGGUGACUGCGUGUUUUCUGCUCUCCGCUCCACACACGGAUUUCUGUUCUGCUUCACAAAUGCCGUCCUCGAUCUAACCCCUUGCCCCAUCGUUUCAUCCCUUAACAGAUCGCAACCAUGGGCCGCCGACCAGCCCGCUGCUAUCGUUACUGCAAGAACAAGCCCUACCCCAAGUCCCGCUUCUGCAGGGGGGUCCCCGAUCCUAAGAUCAGGAUCUUCGACCUGGGCAGGAAGAAGGCCAAGGUAGACGAGUUCCCCCUGUGUGGCCACAUGGUGUCUGAUGAGUACGAGCAGCUGUCUUCUGAAGCUCUGGAGGCGGCUCGCAUCUGUGCCAACAAGUACAUGGUGAAGACCUGCGGUAAGGAUGGUUUCCACAUCCGCAUGCGUCUCCAUCCCUUCCACGUGAUCCGCAUCAACAAAAUGUUGUCCUGUGCUGGAGCUGAUCGGCUCCAGACUGGGAUGCGUGGUGCGUUCGGUAAACCCCCUUGGCACGUGGGCCGUGUCAACAAUGGUCAAGUGAUCUUGUCUGUACGCACCAAGGCCCAGAACAAGGAGCACGUGUGGGAGCUCUGCGCAGAGCCCAAGUUCAAGUUCUCUGGACGGCAGAAGAUCCACAUUUCCAAGAAAUACGGCUUCACCAAGUUUAAUGCCACCGAAUUUGAUGAAAUGAUGGCUGAGAAGCGUCUGAUCUCAGACGGCUGUGGGGUGAAGUACAUCCCCAGCAGAGGCCCGCUGACCCGCUGGAAGGCCCUGCACGCCAAAUAGAGCGCCUGCAGCUUUCUGUGACCAGACUACCAAUAAAAGUGGAUUGGAUUCCAAAACCG